AUGGUUCGAGGUUUGGAUACUCCAAAGGCUUUGGAACCUAGCAACAUUCUGGUUCUGAAAUUGUUGAAGAAAUUGCAAGAUUUAAAUAUCACAGUGGAUAUUCUGGUGGCAGUGUCUCCCACCUAUCCUCCUCCUCGAAAUAAAAAGAAAUUUCUGCGCACCAAUUUGGAAACAGGAAUAGGAAAAACAGUGAAUGGAUUCAGAAAAAAUGAUGCUGUUGGUGACCUUGCCAAAGAGUUGGUAAGCCAGUGGAAAAAACUGAUUCCUCAGGAAACAUCCAGGAAUUGCAGUGAACAAAAUGAAAAGAAGAAGAAUAAUGAGCACAGUAGCCUUGAGAAGAAAGAUACAAACAAAAAUACGAGCAAGUCACCUGGACCUUCGAGACAAGAGGAAACUUUGCAUGAGACUGAUGCAAUUAAGUCUGCAAAGCUCUUGAGUGAGGAAGGAAAUCCAAAAAAGAGAGAGAGGUCUGCGUUUAACCAGUGUUCGAAGAUCAAUUCCGAUCAGUUAAAGACCAAUGAAUGCCAGCUGUUCAGGAUGGAUAGCAAAGAGUGUUGUCAAGUUUCAUCUAAAAACAAUCUUACCCAUCACCAAAAAUCACUUAAGUUCCAGAUACAUGAAAAAUCAAAAUCUUUACAUAAGGUCCAAAGUAACUUCUCUAGAAAAGAUAAGAAAUCUACUGAUGUCCGGCAGAAAAAAAAGUCUAAUGAAGACCAAUCCAAGAAGGAGUCUUCACUGGAAAUUGUUUUCACAUCCUCCAGUGUGAAUCAGGAAAAUCCUCAUUCAGCAAAGGAUACUCAAGAAAAUGGUCAAGAGCAACUAAACAAAGCUGUGGGCAUAACUAAACAUAGUAAAUCAGCCAGCAAGGUGCAGAAAAGUUCUUCAAAGGACAAAGAAAUUAGAGUAGUGGACAAAUCGCAGGGCAUGCCACAAAUGACUAAGAAGAGCACCAAAGUCUGCAAAGUGGAAGAUGUUUCUGAGUUUGAAAGUGAAGAGUUUGAAAAACCAACAAUGUCUUUUGAAUCAUACUUAAACUAUGAGGAACCGAAACGGAAUGCAAAAAGAACCCACACGAAUAAGAAUUCAUCUAGUUCAGGAAAAGAUAAGGAUUCUAAAUUGGUCAGGACGACAAAAAAUGAGAGCAUUGGAAACCUCAGUAAGGAAAGCAAAAAGAGGAAGAAUAUGGACAGAAGGGAUCAAAAUGAGGAAGACAUUUGGCUUAAAACACCAAAUAAAAAGGGGAAGAUUGAUAUAAAUACUCUGUUAGAUAUCCCGUUGCCUAAAUUCCUACCAGAUGUCACUGAUAUGCCUUCUGAUAGCCCACCUACAUCUCCUAUCAAGAAAUCAGCGAUGUCCAGUGUUUCUGAGAGCGCCAUGGAGUUUACUGGUCGAAGAUUAAACUGUAAAAUGCAAGUGUACUCUGGUUCCAAAACAACAAAUAUUACGAAGAUGAUGUCUCUGUAUGAACAGUGCAUUCGAGUCCUACAGAACAACAUUGACUCUAUUCAUGAAGUAGGAGGGGUCCCAUUUGAAAUUAUUGAGCCAGUUUUGGGGCGAUGUACUCCAGAACAGCUCUUUCGAAUUGAGGAAUGCAACCCGAGUUUUACUGAACAGACCAGCCAUUUCUGGAUGAAGCAUUGUAAAAAAGAUUUCAAAAAUGAGGAGCCCCAGGAGUUUGAAUCGUGGCGUGAGCUAUAUCUGAGACUUUAUGAUGAAAGAGAGCAGAAACUAAAAAUAUUAACGCAAAGCAUUAGCUCUGCACAUGCUAACAAGCCCAAAGGCCGUCAAGUGAAAUUAGCAUAUGUAAAUACAUCUGCAAAGCCACCAAGAAACAUUCUACGCCAACAAGGAAAACAUGGCACGUCAUGCUCUGCCCUUCUGAAUUCUCCCUUCGGGAAAAACAAGAAGAAGUUUGUUGCAGGUACAGAACACUCUAGCUUUGGGGCAAAUGCCUGCUCUGACAGACCAAAGGCCAACAGUGGCUGUGUUACUCCAAACUGUUACUCAGGCCCAGAUGCAAAGAAGCAAGUUAAAAAGGUUGCACCAAUGAUGGCAAAAUCUUUACGUGCCUUUAAAAACAGACUGGGUCCACGAUAAAGAUUCUUGGCAAUAGCUGCAUCACCUGUUCAUGUGAUAUAUAAACAUACAAUGUUCAAAAUAUGAAACACUUACUUUUUGUAAACAAUUUUGACCAAAGAGUGCAUCUUGUACAUAUUUACUUUCUGGGGAAAAGCUGAUUAUUUGCAA